AAACAAAUGAAGAAGCAAAAAUGAGCGAACAGAAGAAGGAAUGGAAGAGAGAGAAGAAGUGGAACUCCGAAAAGUUGACUUGAGCUUGAACUUUGUACCUCCAGGUUACAGCUGCUGUGCUUUAGCUCCGGAGUGAGUCGUCUACAGUCCGUGCACUUGUGGUUCUUCUUCUGCUUCUUGGAAUUCUUCUUCGGACAUGGAGGUAAAGGCGCAGCUCUACAACGCCUUUGCACAGAAUAGAAAAGCUCUCCUGCUCGCUGGAGUCGGCGUGGCCGCCGUGGGACUCGGGCUUGGAUAUAAAUACCUGCGGCAGAAGCCAGAAACGUUGGUUCGAGUGGGCGUCGUGUCGCAGCUGCUCGUUCAUCCUCUGAAAUCAGGCAGAGCCGUGAGUGUGGCUCUGGCUGAGUGUCAGAAGAAGGGGCUGAAGUUUGGAGAACUUCAGGACAGACACUGGAUGGUGACGAUGGACGACGGUCACAUGGUCACAGGCCGACAGCAGCCUCGACUGGUGCUGGUUUCUUUGACCUGCGAGGGAAGUCAGGUUUGUUUGAACGGACCAAACAUGGAGCAGCUGAUGUUCCCGCUCAAACAGCCCGACAACCGUGUGGUCAGCUGCAGAGUUUUUGGUACUGACAUCCACGGUCUGGACUGUGGGGACGAGGCCUCUGAGUGGCUGACCCGUUAUCUAGGCGGUAAUAAAACGUUUCGCUUGGUGCACCAUGAGCCUGAGAUGAAGGGCAGAAGACCGCCAGAGGGUCCGUUUCCAGAUGACGAGGUGGUGGCGUAUUCGGACGUGGCCCCUGUGAUGCUGUUGUCCGAGGCCUCUGUCCAGGACCUGAGCAGUAAGUUGGACAACGGCGUGAAGGUGAAUCGUUUCCGUCCAAACAUCGUGGUCAGUGAUUGCGAGGCCUUCGCUGAGGAUUCAUGGAAAGAGCUCCAGAUUGGCAGUGUGCGUCUGCAGCGUGUGAUGUCAUGUGGAAGGUGCAUUUUCACAACAGUGGACCCUGAGACUGGGAUAACCAGCAGGAAAGAACCUCUGCAGACACUGAAGAGCUACCGUCAGUGUGUUCCCUCUGAGAAACAGCUCUACAAGUCCGAUCCACUCUUUGGUCAACUGCUCACGGUGGAGCGGACGGGGAUCCUGCAGGUGGGAGACGUGGUUUACCACAUCAGCCGUUGAUAAAGACACGCUGUCGCCAUCACUGGUGACGGUGACCGCGCUGUUAGGGCCUUAAUUAUCUCAUGGAAGAAGUUAUUAGCAGAGGUAGUUAAGGUGGACAGAGUAACUAUCUGUCCACCUUAACUAACUCUGUUAAUGCAGUUGACACUAUAAUCUAGGCACAAAUUUCAAGACUCUGUUAAUAAAGUAUGUACAUAUAUGUAACAGAAACUGUGUUUAUACAAUAGUGCAGGUUUUGUUACAGCUCAGCUCUCUACAGAUGAAGGCGUUAGGGCGUUAGUCUGUCUGAGCAAACAUGAAUUAAACAUUUUAAUCACAGCCCGUUUACUCUACAGUGUAUUACAUUCUUUAAUCCUAAACAUCCUGGAAUGUGGGGGGGGCAUCUACAAGGAAAAUACCAUGAAAACUGCAUUAAUAUAAAUAAGAAGAAGAAUUGAAACCCUCGGCUGAUCCUGAGCUGACUUUUCAACCGCAGCACUCUGUUACUGUGAGUGUACAUUUGUAAACAGAGCAGCGGUUUAUCCUGUUUUGCUGGUGAGACAUGUUUGUGCACCCUUUGUCAUUUUUGUAAUCGUUUAUGUGGAAUGUUUACGGUAAACGCUGCAUUCGCCUGUAAUACAUCAUUGGAGGACUAGAGGGCGACAUUUAUCCAACUCUUGUGGCGCACGUUGGCUUCAGACUUUUCUUUGACAUUUUCACAGAUUUCUAUAGCGUUUAUAGUAUUCAUUUUAUUACUGAAUGAAAAAAGAUAAUAUUAAACCACGGACUCAUUAUAGAAAUGUCAGACAGACGUUUCUAAUAAAACUACUCUAGCAGGUUUUUUGUAUCUUUAGAGUUGGAAUAAGGUGGUUCCCAGAGUAUGUGAGAAUACUCUGAUUACUUUUUGAUAACUUCUUUAAAUCAUCCACUUGGGAGGAAAUGUGGGGAGUUGUUUCAUUAUAGAACAAAGGAAAUUAGGUAUUAAUGAAAGAUCAGGGAAAGAAAUGAAAGGCAAAUUAUACUAUACUAAUAUUAUACUAAUAUUUUAUAAAUUAUAAUGAGUAACAGAAAAAAAUAGUUAUUGAAAAAUAUCAUUAAGGCAGUAAUGUGUUUCCAGUAAUGGUUUCUCAACGUUGUGUUCUAAUGGUCUUCUUGAUUAAAAAAGUCAAUAAAAUCAUCAAUCCCUAAUAAAUUCAGAAUCAUACAUUUUA